GUAAACGUAGACUGUAAAUACAAUUGGAAAGAAACGAGUGACGCAAUGGCUCCAGACACCGCCCACGUUAAAGCAACGUUGCUUAGCAACGAGUCAACUUUUAAGAGCAGAGACAUCAGCAAACAAACAAACGCGCCUCCGGCCGCCUUCUUGACUCACUUGAUCUUAGAGCAAUGUCCAAGGCACCACCCAAGAAAAAGGAGUCCUCCUCAAGUAAAGUCUCUGUAUCCGACCGACAGACUGACGUCCCUCGCUGCCACUUCCUCUGAGAGCCUAGGAGAUGUAUGGAGACGCAGGUUUCCCAUCUGGCCUGAGUGGAACGAUGCAGAAGUCAAUAAGGAGAAAUGGGACUCGAGUAAAGGAGCUGAAGAUGGAAGGACGAGCAAGAGUCACAAUGCUCCAUUUUUUGAAGAUCCUGAGGGGAAAAUCUCCCUGCCUCCAUCUUUGAAAGUGCAUUCCUGGAAGCGUCCUACAGAGUUUAUUGUCAACAAGGCUCUCACCGUGGUUGAAAAUCAAAUGACCUUUGACCUAAUCUCCCCAAAUGAUCAUCUUAUUUGCAGUGAGCUGAUGAGGUGGCUCAUUAGUGAGAUCUGUAUCGUUUGGACGCUGCAUAACGGCACAUUUACAGAACAAGAUUGUUGGAGACCCUGGGAGCACAUCUACUCGCUGUGUAAGGUGGUGAAAGGUCAUGUGCCUCUCUACAACAACUAUGGGAAAUACGUGGUCAGACUCUAUUGGAUGGGUUGUUGGAGAAAGAUAACAGUCGAUGAUUCGAUGCCAUUUGAUGAAGAAAACAACCUUCUUCUUCCUGCCUCCACCUGUCAGUGGGAGCUGUGGCCGAUGCUGUUAGUCAAGGCUCUCAUUAAAGUGGCCAACACAAAUGUCGUGUCUGAGGUCUGCGGAGAGAUGGGCGAGUUCACCUUCAUCCACACCCUCACUGGCUGGAUCCCAGAAAUCUGUCCAAUAAAGUCUGCAUACGUGGGGAAAAUGUGGGAUGUCUUACAAGACACCAUUCCCACAUUUACACACCCAGAUGAGAGUUUGCCGAAGACAAAGUCUCAGACUGCAGAUCCAGCUGCAGGGGGACGUUCCAGCUGUAAUGACAGCGAGAGUCAGCUGCCAGAGAAAAGUAAAGGUACCUCCGAGGUAGUAGUGUGUGCCAGCUACUACCCAUUACAGCCACAUAGCAAUUCCUUUGGGUUUGAACAAAUGGCUAAUUCCUCAGAGUUUCUCCGUCAGUACGGUCUCUCCUCGCUGUACAGCCACAUUGUGCUGUUGACAAGAACAAGGGCAUGCCAGCUGGAGGCACAACCCAAACCUCCCCCUGUACCCCAAUGGAAGCUCAUCCGCCAGCGGAAGGAGAUCAUGGUCACCGAUGAACCGCAAAAACUUCCUUUGUCAAAACCAGAGCAAUUCAUUGAGGUUGCCAGCCCUUUUCUCUCCUGUGGCGUCAAGAGUAGCGUUGGCCAGAUACCUGACGAGGCCAAGCAGAGCACUCAGGGAAAACGUUCCCCUCUGGUGUCCAUUGCUGAGAGAGAGGAGACCGAAUGCCGAGAAGGCCGUGGGCCAGAUGCAGCUGAAUGCACCACCAACUCACCUAACAUCACAGAAGACAACAUAGAGGUUACAGCAAAGGAUGUGAAGAAGGACAAUGAUGACAUCUCCAAUGAUCAACCCAAAACUGCAUUGGAGGAGCCUGUAACUGAGAAACCCUCGGCUCCUGUCAAACCCAUGCUGCAGGAGACCUGGAUGGACCUGAAUGACUUUGCUAAAUGCUUUCAGACUCUCUUUGUGUUUCAUAAACCGCAAAUUUACCCACAUCAUAUCCAUAAAUCACAGUUUAAGAGCACCAUCUUGUCCAAAACUGCAACAGGCACCAACUUGUCUGGGUCAUCUACACACUCCACUGGAUCCCUCCCUGUGACAUCUACUGUAGCAAGCCCUGAAUGUCCAGAAGUGAGAGGCACUCACUACCUGUGUGUGGACAGCCUGCAACCUCCCCAUAUCCUCAUCAGCUUCUCUGCUCUGCUUUGCUGGGGAGAUGCAGCUGAGGAGAGAAAGGAAAUGUCUGCAGCAUGUAGGUCUUCAGUUCUCAUCGUCCAGGUCUACUCCUGGAAAAGCCUGCAGUCUCAGCUGCCAGUACUCACCAUAAAGACCACCUCCUCAAAGGCCGCCAUGUUUAACUUACCCCCCGGGCGCCACGUCUUGUCCCUCCAUACAAAGGCAACACUGGGCUACCACGUUCACCUUUGCAGCAAGACACCGUUCAUGUUUGGGGAUGAAGAAACCAUCAUGUCACAACUUACCAAGGAAAGUGCUCGUUUCACUGACCAGGCCUCGUCCAUAUGGAGGGCCCUGUCCAGAUUGGUGUCUUCCUUUAGCGAUGGGCAGGACCAGCCAGCAGCCAGAAGAACCCUGGAAGAGGCUCAUUGCCCCCAAAACAUCAACACCACCCUGGGAAAAGAGGAACACCACAAGGUGUUUAACUCUGCAGUUUACAACAUGCUGUGUGAGGCUCUGGGCAGGAAGCUGACAUCAGAGGAGCGGUUUGCUAUACUGGCCCUCACAGCUGACCCUUCACUCUUGGCCACUGACCCCAAAGAGCACUCCCCUACUUUGGAUGCAGAAUCAAAGCCUGCAGAAAGCUGGAGAGACAGGGAGCCAACAGACAGGGAGGCAACAUACAGGGAGCCAACAGACAGGGAGCCAACAGACAGGGAGGCAACAUACAGGGAGCCAACAGACAGGGAGCCAACAGACAGGGAGGUCAAGGCAGUUACCAUCCUGCAGGCUGCAUUCAAAGGACACUUGGUGCGAGAGAUCUUAAAUGCCUCAAAACCGGGCACAAAGGAGAAACUCAGUGCUUCUAAGAUCCUUUUAGACAUGUGGCCGAAGGUUGAAUCUGAUGCAGAAAAACAUGCUGCCCUCUUGCUACGGUAUAUAAUUGACUACUCUGAGAGGAGAGGAGAGCUCUACCCCUGUCAGCAGGAUGAAUGGACCAGAGUCACCUUCGCUGAUUACUCCGUCUCUCUUCCAGACACAGCCAACUCCUGGGUCUUGGUCUUCAGAGAGGUGUUCCUGGUUCAUAAGGAGAUGCAGCUAGUACCAAAGGUCUACUCCCCAGCCCCUAAUUGUUUACUACACGUCAUAAACAACGACACAGGAGAGGAGCUGGACAUGUUCUUCAACAAAGUGGCAAACCAAGUCUAUCAACCCAACAAGCUUGGUUACACCUUUGUAGCAGAGGCUGUCACAUCUGAAUCACCACCUGCUGGUGCAAUGUGGAGGAUGCACUUGAUUGGCUCAAAGGAACUCCUUCCAAAACUGUCCCGCAACACUCCACUCAACACGUUCUCAGUGAAGAAAUUCCAGGAUUAUUACAUUCCCAAUGACAAAAACCUCAUAUGUCGUUACAAUGUGCAGGUGACUGCAGACGUCCUUGGAACAAUUCAGUUUCAGACUUCUAAGCCAGGCGUUUUGAUCCGUCUGUCGGUUCUGGACCAGGAGAAGGUCGUGGCGGGCAAUAGUGGCAAAGGUCAUGUGGUAAUACCUGUGUUCUGCUUCCAGGCCAACAAAGCCCUUAAUUCCACAGAUGAGAAGAACCAGAACCAGAAGGGAUCCCCCACCCAGGGCAAGGGAGGCAAGGUGAUGGACACUCCCCAGGAGAGAGAUGAGGAGGGCAGCACAGCUGGAAAGUCCUCGUUUGACCAGUUUCAGCCUCCCACAGAAACUAUGGUUCAUAAGUAUGUGGUGCAGGCAGAGGUGCUUCAUAAGAGCUGGGAUUUGGAUGAAUCUCAGCUGGCUUUUGUCCAUAUGCUCAGAGACUUGGAGAAGAAUGAAACGAGAGUAAACAAGCUUGAGGACCGUUCAUCCACCGCUGACACACCGCCCCAGCUUGGGCUCAAAUCUGGCACACAGAAAGCCAACCGCAAAGGGGAAGUUGACAAAGAGAAGGGGAAACCAGCUGCCAACUCAAAGCCUGGCUCCAGGCAGGAAGCGAGCCUUGACCUGACUAAGGCCAACUGGACUCUGCGUGUGGUCACUGACAAGAGCAAAGCAGAGAGCAUUGAGGUGGCGAAGGACACAGACAGAAUGGACCAGAUUAAAGCCAUUAAAAAAGCGUGGGAAAUGGCUGAACCAGGCCGCUAUGAGAAGGCUUUACAGUCUCGUCUCAAGUUUCUUAACCAGCUAGAUCGAGCAGGUGAGGAAACUACUCCAGAUGAUGCAGAGCCAGCUGCUUCCAGAUUGGAUACUAUUAAAAAAGUGACCAUGGACUCCACUCCCUUCAUCAGACGCCAAAAGGAUUUUCCAGCGCUGAUGGACUCGCAGAUAGAGGAGAUCCAGCAGAAGGAGCGCUUAGAAAAGAUCCAGACUUACCGGUUGGUCCGAGACAAUGUGCUGGAGCAUCAGAAACAGCAAGAGCUCAACAGAAGGGAGCUAAUAAUACACCAGCAGGAGAUGUAUAUGGAAAUGCAGGCAUCCUUGUGGCAGCACUGUAAGACAUUCCUGGAUGCUUGCGAGUCAUUUAGUAGCCGUCAGAUGGCGGCCGUGAAAAUGAAGCAAGAAGAGAAACAAGCUCUGGAGGAUGCUCAGAAGGAUGCUCAGAAGGAUGCUCAGAAGGAUGCUCAGAAGGCCGCUCAGAAGGCAACAACGCCCACAGCUUCGGCCAACCAGCAGCGAAACAAACGCGGCAAGACUGCUGGCAAGACUGCUGUCAAGAAGAAACCCUGAUCAUUGGCACUAAAUUCCAGUCUCAGUUCUCCUCAGUAGGCUGGUCUCCACAAGUCUGUUUGAACACUGAAGAAUCUUCAUUUAACAGAGUAGCUUUCACUUGAGGAUAUAAUACCCGACCAAAAGAGUGUAUUCUGUUUCAGAGCUGACAAUGCUUUUGCCUUUGUCUUUAGACUUUGUUGAAAUAUAAACGUGUUCAUACUUUCACAACAUUUAUACU